ACACAUACGCAAACCCUUGACUUCCGAGUCAGCAAUGGAAAUGAACGCCGGCGACGAAGGUACCUGCGUCAGUGGGGUUACGAAUACAGGCGCCAAAGCGCUAAGCUGUGUAAAAACACCUGUUUACAGCCUGCCGCACCAGCACGUGCCACUCCACCUCUCCAUACUAGUACAAGGCUCCUGCGUUCGCGUCUUACAAACAUACCUCUUACUUUCCGGAUCCUAGAUGAACAUUCGAAGAGCAGAGCCGAAGGAUCUCACUAAAAUACAGCAAUGCAACUUGCACAAUCUCCCUGAGAACUACCACAUGAGAUAUUGGGCCUACUCCUUUAUAACUUGGCCAGAAGUUUCGUAUCUUGCAGAGGACAGCAGUGGUCGCGUAGUAGGCUAUGUGCUCUCGUCGAUAGAGCCAGAUGAACAAUUCCCUUGGUUGCAAGUCGGUCAUGUCAACUCUUUAUCCGUACUCCGAACAUAUCGUAGGCUAGGUCUUGCGAAGCGAUUAAUGAUGCUUUCGCAAAAGGCCAUGACCGAUUCAUACAACAUAGAAUACAUCCAGCUUCACGUACGCAAGUCUAAUCGAGCUGCCUUCACUCUGUACCGCGAUAAACUUGGCUUCCAAAUUCACAGGAAAGAAGUCGGAUACUAUGGUGAUGGUGAAGAUGCAUACUCAAUGAGAAUCACCCUGAAACCAACAUCCUUCUCUCAUCGACUUGGUCUCAGAUUCCAGGCAUUUGUAUACGCUCGACAGCGAGCAGUCGCGAACUGGACUUUGAAAUGCGCAAAACGAAAAUUGUCUUGUACUUUAUCUUGAGCUGCCCAUCUGGAGGAUACGAUAUCACGUCUGUAUAUCCACUUAUAAUUUUGAUAAG